CCACUGACUUUUAAACUGCCAAUCAAAUUGAAUCAACUUUCAAAUUGUGAAAAUCUGUCAAGAUGUUUCGACUGCUGCCCAUUGCGAAUCUCCUGCGAGGUGCUUCCAAAUUUCCACCGGUGGUACGAUCCGGUGCGGUUCCUGGACCCGGAAACAUCGUGGGAGGUAUUCGUCAAUCUCAUGGCUGCGACGAGGACCCAGCAGAAUUUGAUGCUCGCUACGAGGCGUACUUCAAUCGACCGGAUAUCGAUGGCUGGGAGAUACGAAAAGCGAUGACCGAUCUGCUGGGAAUGGAUCUGGUUCCGGAACCGAAAAUCAUUGUUGCCGCACUUAAAGCAUGCCGUCGGGUGAACGAUUACGCGCUGACCACCCGGUUUUUGGAGGCCGUCAAGGAUCGUUGUGGAGAUCAGGCAGGAACGCUUUAUCCGUAUUUGGUAGGAGAAAUUACGCCGACUUUGUGCGAGCUAGGAAUUAGCCUCCCGGAAGAGAUGGGCUACCACAAGCCGGAACUGUGGAUGAAGACGAUACUGGAAACUGAACCGUUUUAGAAUAUUUUUUUCUGUUAUUUAAAAUUUUGUCGAAAGAAACCAAUAGAAUAGAAUUUAAAUUAUUAGAACAAAUAAAUGAAAUCAUACGAUUUUGGGAAUUUCAAA